CUGCCACUUUUCGGACCAUUUCCCGAGCGAUGCGUGUGAACUGUCAAAACAAACACCGGACCCCACGAAGACGGUGGCACGAAACAGCUGGAGCCGAGUUUUCCCGAGCGCGCAGGUUUUCCGACAGUUUUCCUGCUCGGCGGGGGCGAAGAAAGCCUACAGCUGACGGUAUAGUAACGAUUUGCCACUGGCACCGAGCGGUGUGUGAGUGCUGUGCGUAUUCGAUGGUAGUAGGCGCGUUAGUAUCUCUAGUGAACGCGGGAAUUCAAGACAUUCUUUGUCCAUUAGAGUCGGUGGUUCGAUAGACGUUAUGGAUUUUAGGUGCAACCAGGGCAGUGGAAAUAAAAGUUGAUUACCGGCAAAGGAAUUGGGUGCCUGAGUGAGUAAUUGUGUGUCAGUGUGUAUGACCCUGUGUGUGCGAGUGUUGCGUUUUCGAAAUUAUACCGAAAAAAAGGAUGAAAUAAUGUUUCCCCUUCACUUGCUCUAGAGCAAGCUACCCACUCCGUUCGUGUUGGGAAAGUUUUACUUCUAAUUGUGUUAGCAGCGAACACCUGCCCCGCCGUGGUUGAAAGGGAAAGAAAGUUGUGUGUGCUGUAGUCCCAUGUAGUGAGCUUGAAUAUCACAUAGAAGGGUUUCGUAGUUUUAAAAGUGUUCUGUGUAUCAUUGGCGAUAUCUAGUCUCGAUCGACAGUGCACGUUGGUUUUGGGAGGGUGUGAGAUUAAGGGACAUGAAUUGAUGUUCGUGGUUGGUAGUACCGUGCCACAGGUGAUGAAUGUUUAAUCAGCAGGCAUUUGCCAUACAGCUCAACUUCACAUGCUGGUAAGAGGACCAGAGCAUAACACGUCUGGCUUGAAGAGUAGCGUCGGAUAUCGACUAUUACAGAUCACUUGUCCACCCUAUCACUCGACGUAUAGACCUGGCUGCUGGCACGCUCGACCGGCAAAACGCUCAGCGCGGCCCAGUGUGGCAGUAAUAAUUGAAGCGAACGAAUAAUCAUUCAUCAUCGGUGUGGAAGCCUGCACACCCAGAGAGAGGCGACGUAGAGCAGGCUAUAAAAAAAACCCCAACGACAACAGUCCCGCACCCGCACUGGAGACGCACAAAGCAGCAGCGGGGCACGGUUGGUAAAGGGACCAGGGACCAGGCACAUAAAAAUGAUAUGAUGUGAAUUCGAGCAUUUGUAUUCAUGCGUUCGGCUGGUGCGGCUUUGGCUGCUUUUCGGUGAGUAGUGAGCGGAAUCCACCCAUCAAAUCCAAUUUUCACGAUCAGUGCGCACCAACGUUUGGAGGGACGGCGAUGAUAUAGUGACGCGGCGAGAAGGAAACGUCAACACUGACAUCAUCACAAAGUCCAGUCUGAAGCUGAAGGCAUGGACAUGUUCGCUGGCAGCGGUGCGUUCCUUUCCAUCACCCUGUGUGCGACACGUGAGUAAGGCGGUGAAAACACCCCAGUGGGAAAGCGAAACAGCGUUGCGAGCCGCGUUCAACCCAGCAAGGCGGAAAAGCCAAGCUAGGGAUCGGGACAAGGGCGUACUACAAGCGCAAAUCAUCGCACAGAGCACACGAGGACACCCCGAAAAGAGAUUCUUCUACAUCUACGCUGCCCUCUCUACGCGCUGACCGAACGAUUUCCGGUGCGGGAGCUUCCCUGGUCCGUUCGGACCACGCGGGAAGGGGAAGCUGUUCAACCGAGGAAACAGAGACAUCAAAAAAAAAAAAAAAAACGGCCCCGGCGGAAGCUUGUCGCUGAAGGAUUAGUGCAGAAAAUAGAACUGGUGAGCAGUGGAUGAACUUCAGCCGCCGUGGAAAACGGGGUGGGGAGAGGGACCUACGGGAGGGAACAAACGUUAUCUACAUGCCAACGAACCGGCCAACGCGUCCUGCAGAAAACCCGUGACCAUGACCGAAGCAGCGUCCCUAAGCACACGGACUUCUACAUCUAGCACCACUGGCAGCACUCGUCAUUAGCCCCAGGGACCCAGGAGGACGUUUGGAAGGGGGAACGCAUCCGGCAUACGAAGCGACAAAGUAAUAGGUUUUGUCCGAAAGCGAAACCAUUGGAGAAUUUCGCAGUAUCUUCAAGUUCGCCCCUGUCUCCUGCCGCAUCACCAUUGUUUCUGUUAGAGAGAGAGAGAGAGAGAAAGAGUGGGUCUGUGUGUGUGUGGUGAGCUGGAAAGCCAGGCUUUAAUUCCAGGCUCUGGUCGGCACUUGACGGAACUUUAUUUAACCAUCUCGCCAUUCCAUUGGUGAAGGAGUGUCCGCCGUACAAAGAAGCAAGCGGAUCGGGCAGUGAGAAAAGCUUCCAUUCCCUUGGGAGUGGCAGAAAGUGGAAAGUUUCUCCACACACACACACUCUAAAAAAAGGGGGCGAAAAACGGGACCAUCAAGAAUUAAAGCAAAGAAGAAAAGGAUCCUUUGGCAAAUGCGGUCGAAUAUGCAAACAUACCUUAAUUAGAAAAUAUCAUAAACCGUACCGCAAACGACAAACGUCCCCCACCGUGCCGUACUACAACACUGUCUUGUGAAGCAGUCACUCCCCAAAUCUCCCCAUCUUCCCAUGCUGUAGGCCCGGGCAGGCUGGUGAAAAGUAAACACGCCCAUAAAACAUUAAUUUUUUAUGAACCACCAUUCUCCCCCCUCCGGGCGUUGAUGGGAGUGUUGGUGGGUCUGUGGUGCCAUCCGCGUGCCCCUGUACGGUCGUCCCCCUGAGCAACAGCUCCGCCGUGCGGCGUACGGGUGCAUUUACGGGGUGUUUGAGACGCUCGGGCCCGACCAGCGUUCCGAACGGCGCAACGGGGAGCAACGAGCCCGGUCGGCACGUGGCAGACGAGUCAAUAUGGUGGCCAUAUUAAAACAUAUCAGCGGCACAAGCAGCAGCAGCAGCAGGAGCAACAGCAGCAGCAGCAGCAGCACCUUGGCGCAGGUAGUCGCAUCCAUCACCGCGCUGCUGCUGGUAAUGGUCGUGGUGGUUCCGCUUCCGACGGCGCACGGUAUCGAUUGCUUUAAGUGCGUUUCAAUGAACGGUGCCAAUAAGGCGUGCGAUGAUCCGUUCCACAACAACUACUCGGCGGCGAUCCUGGAGUCACCGUGCAUGGGCGGCCGCAAGGGCCGGGAUGGGCUGUUUCCGGCCACGUCCUGCAUCAAAAUUGCCGGCUAUUAUGAUGACACCGGUGAAACGAUCACCGUUCGUGGAUGCGCCCUGGACAGUGGCACCCUGACGACGGAUACCGAAAUAAUUCGCAUGUCACACUGCGGACGGUUCUACUACGACGAUAGAUACGUGCACGGAUGCCUGCAGAGCUGCAACGAUGCGGACGCCUGUAAUGCUGCCCAGCCAUCGGCAAGGUCCUGGUGCUCGCCCACCCUGCCACUGGUCGUGGUGAUCGUUGCCCUCGGUACGGCACUGUUCGGGUCAGUGACCAUUCCACCCCAACCGUCCGGAUGGCUUCGUACCGUCAACGGAAGCUAACAAAGUGAUCGGAAAACAAAGUACAGCUGGGUGAGGGGUCCGCCCUCGUACGAUGUCUUAUGAAGGCACACAGAUUCAGCGUAGUCCUUCAGGUGGUGGGGAUAGGGGGGUGGGGAGUUAGAGGGGAAACUAUGACCAAUAUAUAAUACAAAACUACAACAAAACCAAUCAAAAACACAGACAAAAAAUCGCUUUAACGCUCGUUUCGCAGGAUCCGCAGGGGAUCCACCCUUGGGGGAAUGGUUUGAUACAGUGUAUUUUUGUGUAUGAGUUUAGAAAUAAUUUUUCUUACCAUUAGCAAGGCAAUGUGCGGGGAUACAGAGCUGCACAUAAAGGCACACAAAAGAAUUGCAAAGAAAAAGAAAACCAUACACAAAUCGCAUAGGUAAAUGUUUUCUUUAACUGCAUGAAAUUGAUACAAACGUACCAGACAUUUAUAUGGAAAAGGAGAUACUAUAUCAAUAAUUAUCGAAAGCUUGAAAAUAGGAAGCAUACACAAUGGAAUAAAUAUAGAGCGCUAUUGAUAGGAAGGAAGAAAUGGUGAAAAAGAGCAAAUCAAAAGCAACUCACAAGAUAAAUACAUAACGCAACAGCAUACAGCAAAACCCAAUUACUAGACAGUUAAGGAACAUAUUGUCUACACGGUUCUAGCAUCAGUUGUAAAUUGUAAUGCCAUAAAACAAGCAGUGACCAUAAACACACGCACACACAGGUGAUUGUAAUUGUAAAACGGACACGUUUUGUUAAUGUCGCCACUCACAUUUCGCGUGUGGCCCCCAAUGUGCAAUGCAGAUCGAAUUGAAAAGAGGCAGAGCGUAUGCGCGUGUUGUAGAGUUCACGCGUACCAUACAGAGCAUAUAUGUUGUUAAAUCUCGCACAUACACACACACACACACACACACACACACACACACACACACACACACAAGAUCCGUCUCGUUAGCAAAAACAAAGAAAAAGAAUUGUUAGUGUAAGAGAGGGAGCGAGUAGAGGGAAUCGCAGCAAAGCAGUUCCAUUUCCGUUCUAUUAUGCUAGACCAAUGCUAGGAAAAAAGGGGUGCAAAUAAAUCCGAACAAUGUAGCUUUCUUCCCUGAUGGUGGUGUGAUAGUGGUGAAAGUGGACUUUCAGUUUCUCGGCCACCCCCAAUCCCAACGGGCAGGCACACACACACACACACGCACACACGGCAUGCCCAAAACAUUAUACGUACAAAUCCAACUUUAUGAUGCUGCUUGUAUUUCAAGAUCAAAUCUUAUUUGUGUGUGUUACUGUGUGGGGAAGAUCGCUGUGAAAAGAAGAAAAAGCAGUGACAAUGACAACAUAUUGUACCAGUCCCAGCAGCCCCCUCAAUAUAGCAGCAAAACAGGCAGAAGGAAGCAUGCAUGCUUACGACACUACACUAUUUUGAGCAUUUUUCUAACCACCAUCACUUGCGUUUUUGCCUUCAACGGCUGUCCAUCAUCCAGCGCUGCAUGGUGCUGCUGGAGAGAGAGAAAAAACGGGACAUUUUCACCCUGCCAAAACAGAGGGCAUCAUUUGUUUCCUUGUUGUAGGGUGCAGCAGCAGCAGCAGCAGCCGCAAGCCAGCUUGUGUUUUUUGGGGAUUUUGUCCACUCAUCAGUAAAUGUUCUUAUUUAUUGGAGCGCUGUUUCCUGUGCAGGAGCAAAAGAAGCAAGUUAGGGAAGUAAAUUACACCACAACAACAAAAAAACACUCAUAAUGGUAGACGAAAAGCUGCUUUAUGGGCCGUAUCCUAUCAUAUUCUUUCUGGAGAAGCGGGGACGACAAAACACACCACCACCACCCAACAAAUGAUGUAGUACAUAUUAUUGCACCAGAUUGGUAUUGAAAUUUGCAAACACUCAAACGAAAACAAAAAAAAAAGGGGAACCACCAACAAAACAACCCGAUAAGGAUAAGGGUAGGAUUGUAAAAAUUGUACGCACUACGCAUUAGCCUCAUCCCCCUGCUGGACGGGUUUUCAUGGCUAGGCGAAAAGCGAAUGCACCACACCAGUAGCGAUGGUUUCAAGCGGCAAUGCCCUGACCUUCCCGAUGUAGAGAGAUUAAUAAAGAGAGAGAGAGAGAGAGAGAGAGUGUCAGGGUGAAAGGGGCCGCGCCACACUAAGCCUUCGUGGCAUCAGGAAUGGAUUAAGCGACGGUCAUCCCGACCCACCCGGCGCAGAAGGGUGGAGGAGAUUAGUUUGUAUGUAGCUUUUUUUUUACUUUCAGCCCCCAUUAGUACACAAUCCCCGCGUGUACGAGUUCGAAUCGACCAACACACAACACAAUUUUGCUAGCGAGUAAGGUAAAUACCAGGUAUGGGUAACGUGGAGAGAAAUGGUAGAGGAACAGGAUGAAACUAUUUAAAAAAAAGAUAGGCCGCAAAUAAUUGUAUAAGUGCCUAAAAAACGUAAAAUUAAACCUAAAACACACACACACACAUACAAAUACCUAGUCACAAAGCAUACAACAUGAGAUGUACAAAAUCAGGAAAAAGCUUCACAACACAGUGCUGCACAAAAUCUGACAACACGCGUUCAAGGAUCGCUUGCCCGUGAUGCGUGUCCAAUACACAUGACCACGUGGUGCUCACCGUUAAAACCGUACUAUUUACUUUACUCAUCAAACACGCAACAACAAGGCCCCUCUUUUUGAAAUUCCAGGUUUCUUAACCCAAUGCAACCAUGCAUGUUUAGUAAAGGCAGGCGGGAAUUAAUAAUAGUAAUAAUUACUCAAACAAAAAAAAAACCAACUGAUCAACUGUACAUAAACUGGUCAGCAAAGCAUACAAAUAUACUUAAAUGUGAUAUCAAAACGAUGGAGCCAGCCGCAGCAGCAGCAGCAGCGACAUUCAGCUAAUGCAAUGCAUCUCAAAUGGCACGGUUGCAAAGCUACCAAAACAAAAUGCUUCAGGGAUGCUGUGAAAUAAAGAGAGAGAGAGCGAAUAACAAACGCACAAACCAACCCAAAAUGCAACUCAAAACAAAAGCGCGAAAAAAUCUAAUUCGGAUUCGCUUUUUCAUUCCUGCGCCUCACCCGAGCACUAGGCUUGUGUGAAGGUGGCAGGGUGAAAGCCAUUACGUCGUAUAUGUGUGUAAAGUGGAAUUAGAUAAAACUAUGCAAACAACCGUUAAACCAAAAGGCACCUAACUCAAUUGCACCACAGCUAACUGCUGCAUGAUAAUUUCAAUGGUUUGAGAAGGGAGUAGCGAACGUAAUCGGAUCCAUACGGCAACAUUCUGGUGGCGGUAAAGAUUCAUUAGAAGAGUCUUUGGAGAAAAAAAAAACAAAGAUGUAGUAGAAGUUAAGCUUCGCUUUAGUGGUUAAGAAGCGACGAGCGCAACGGAAGUUAUGUUGAGCCAUAAUUAUUAAACUAUUAGCAUCAUGAGCAUUACUAUCGCAAGCAAGCAAACACACGCAUUCAUUAGAUUAAGUAACAAACAGACAAACACUAUAAAGCACAAAAAAGAAAAACGGUGUUAGGGGCUAGGGGAUGGAUGUUCUGUGGUGUACUUGACACUGGGCCAUGCAUGCGAAACUUCAAAAAAAUGACCAAAAUCGGAAGCGUCCUCGGAGAUGUGUGUAUCCGUGUAUGUGGUAGGAAGACUAGUAGAAGCAUGUUUCACCAUUAAACUGUAGCUCUUUAAUGUCAUGCGGCGGAUCUACCUAACUUUAACACACUCAGACAGUGCUCUCGAUCGAUUCGGCCGACGAAGCCUCAGUUCAUACAGCGGUGGGAAGGUGGGAAGAGAAACAAUUUGCAAAGAAAUAAAUUAAAACCACAAAUGUUUCCUAACAAA